AUGUCUGGCGCCACUGGUCUGCUAGUGCUGCAGCUGACCUUACUCACUCACUCAUUGCCCGUUAAGCAUCUCAGAUACCUGGACUGGCAGAGGAGUAUGAGCGCAGGGGUCAGAUGCCCAGAGAGGUGCCAUCCUGAGCAGUGCCCCGACCUGAGACGUCUGCUGCAGUGUCCGGCGGGACGGGUGCGGGAUGCUUGCGGGUGCUGUUGGGAGUGCGGAAACGGUGAAGGGCAGCUUUGCGACCCGGAUCAUCAGGUUGGAUCCAGUUUCUAUGGCCGCUGUGCUGAGGGUCUCCGUUGUAGAGUCUCCCAUAGGCACCACCCCGAUGAUGACCCUAAACGAGUGUGUGUAUGCGCCAGGCAGGAGGUUCUGUGCGGUUCAGAUGGGAAGACGUAUGAGAACGUCUGCCAGCUUCGUGCUGCUCAGUUUAAGCUGGGUGAUGCUGGCAGGCCAACCGUAGCCCAUCAUGGAUCCUGCAAAGCUAAGCCAGUUAUUACCCAUGCCCCUCGUGACAUCAUUGCAGCAGAGGGAAGUGAUGUAAUUUUCUCAUGUGAAGUGUCUUCAUACCCCUUGGCUUCCAUUCACUGGAGGAAAGAGGGAAGAGACCUGCUCCCCACGGAUGAAUCCAACACGGCAGUGCAGGCUCACGAGAGCCCACAGCGUUUUGAACUGACCGGCUGGCUCCAGAUCCAAGCAGUUCGACCUGACGACGAGGGUGUGUAUACAUGUGCCGCCAGGAACGCUCUCGGAGGAGUGUCUGCCUCCGCCAGAUUACAGGUUCUGCUGAAAGAUCCUCAGCUUACCCGUGAGCAACAGCGGACAACAGAUGCAGGUUACGAUGUCUCAACUGAUGAGGUGGAUGAGGAUGAUGAAGAUUACGAGGGACAACCAAGUGGAUACAUGUAUUUAUAA